AUGGCGUUCAAGGGGAGAAACUGGAAGCUUCUUCUUCUCUUUAAUGCUGUAAGCUUGCUGGGAAUAUACAUUUUAUCUACAAAAAACCAGCACCAAAUCAGGCGGCAACUUCCUGUUCAGGAGGCUCCGCUUGUGGAUGAUUCUUGGAUGCUGGAGAACAGGCGGCAGUUGAAACCGGAGGUAAAACUGGAACCAAAGCAUAAACCGGAGCCAAAACCCGAGCCAAUACUGGAACCGGAAGAAAAGAAGACUGGUGAUAGCGAGGACAACAAUCUGAAGGAGAGGCUUCGCAACCUGGAGAAGCUUGUGUACGGGCCCCUGAAUGGUCUUGCCAAACCUCUCGGCCUGGUUGAAGGCUUCGGGGCUCCAGGCUCAGACGGACUUCCCAUCAAGCUGUCUGAGGAAGAGGAGAAACUAUCUGAAAUUGAGAAGAUAAAGUACGGCUACGAUUCCUUCAUGAGCGACAAGAUCUCCUUGGACCGAAAACUCCCGGACUUCAGACCCAGCAAAUGCAAAGAGUACAUCUACCCAAAAGAUCUCCCCACAAUCUCCCUCAUCUUCAUUUUCGUCAACGAGGCACUGUCCGUCAUCCUGCGCUCGAUCCACUCGGCGGUCAACCACACGCCGGCCCAGCUGCUCAAGGAAAUCAUCCUGGUCGACGACUGCAGCGAUGAUGAGCGAUUAAAAGAACCUCUGGAGAACUAUGUGAACAAACGCUACCCUGGUCUGGUCAAGAUUGUCCGGAACAAAAAGAGGGAGGGUCUGAUCCGGGCCCGGAUCGAGGGCUGGAAGGUGGCCACCGCCGAGGUGACGGGAUUCUUCGACGCCCACAUGGAGUUUACGCCAUUCUGGGCCGAGCCGGCUUUGGCCCGCAUCAAGGAAGACAUCACCAGAAUCGUCCUACCGUCCAUCGACAACAUCAAAUAUGACACCUUCGAGUUGCAAACCUACGGGCUCCCAGCCCACGGCUACGACUGGCAGCUGUGGUGUAAAUACAUUGCGCCCUCCAAAGAAUGGAAGGACCUGAAUGACAAAUCCGCACCCAUCAGGAGCCCCGCCAUGAUUGGCUGCUCCUUCUUGGUGCACCGGGUCUUCUUUGGUGAGCUGGGUUUGUUCGACCCAGACAUGGACACCUACGGGGGAGAGAACGUAGAACUGGGCAUUAGAGCUUGGCUGUGCGGUGGCAGCAUGGAGAUGCUGCCUUGCUCCCGUGUGGCUCACAUCUCGCGCUUUAAGAAACCUUACCUUGAGGAGCCUCUGCACAUCCCCAUGCGGCGCAACGGCCUUCGCGUGGCAGAGGUUUGGUUUGAUGAAUACAAGCCCAACUUUUACUACGCUUGGAAUAUUCCAAUGGAGGGUCACGGCAUCGACUAUGGAAACAUAACUCACAGAGUGGAACUCAGAAAGAGACUGCAUUGCAAGAACUUCAAGUGGUACCUGGACAAUGUGUACCCUCAAAUGAGAACCUAUCUUGACACGGUCAUCUACGGCGUGAUGAACAACACUCACGCCAACUUCAGCCACCUGUGUCUGGACCAGGGGGAAAGAAAGGACCACGAACCAAUACUGUUCCGCUGCCAUGGCUUACCCCCUCAGUUGGUGCGCUAUACCAGUAAAAAUCAACUAUACAUUGGUACACUGGGCAACAGCUUUUUCGAAACACGCUGCCUGGUGGACGAUCCGGACAUUGCCACACCGCAGCUCCUCGACUGUGACCAGGUGAAAGACAUCAAGCUGACCAAGUGGAAGUACACUCAGGGCAACGAAGUCCGAAACAUGGCCACGGGUCGCUGCAUGGAGGUAGUAUCCAUUUCAAAGAAGUUAGAGCUUAUUAUGCGGUCCUGCACGGGCCAGAAGUGGAACUUGAAGACUCCACCCAUACGAUACUGA